AUGGCCACCACCCCCCUUGCGCGCCCGCUCUCUCGAACGCAACGAUUCCGACCGUACUACGCCCCCUCCGAAGUGCUCGAACUCAUUCAGUUGCAAGCCUACAUGCGCGUACCCGUCGGAGAAGGCAGUUGGGAACGCAAGCAGAUGAGCUUGGUCAGGAUCCAGCAGAUGCGACAGGUGGCGAUCGGCUUCAUCGAGAGGGUCGGCAUGAGGUUGGGUUUGUGAGUGGAGAGAAGCUCUCUGUCGCGAGUGGCACCAUCUCCCAAAGCUGAUGGAGGAUGAUGAUCAUGGGCGAUUUCUAGUCCGAGGAGGACGAUCGCGACUGCUCAAUCGUGUUGGCAUAGAUUCCAUCUUCAUCAUCCGCUCAAGGAUUUCGCCUACCAGGUACGUCGCAUCCUACUACUACUACUACUAGGGUUAGGCGUACAAAUUCCCUCAUAUCUUCCAAUACCUCUCUUCAUCCAUCAUCAGGAUGUCAGCUUGGCCGCUCUACUCGUCGCUUCCAAGCUACACGACACGCUCAAAAAGCUACGCGAGAUUCAAAUCGCCGGAUCGCAAGUCAACCAGAUCGUUCAAGGGGGGAACGGCCUAGGCGAAGGGGACCCCCAAGUCAGUUGCGCGUCCGGGUCCUAACGACACCUUUACCUUCUCUCGCUCAAACGAAUCUCUCCCCCCCUUUCUUUUUUUUCUUUCGACUUGAUCACAGGCACUCGAAGCUCAUCGUCCGCGAUUGAUCGCGAUCGAACGUCUCUUGCUCCAAUCCCUUUCCUUCAACUUUAACCUCCAUCGAUCGCUCGAUCCAACCCUCACCGAGAACUUACCCCAAACCGACUUGUUCACCGCGAUCGUGAGAUUGUGUCUUUCGCUCGGCACGGGUAAACGAUUCGCGAAAUUGGUGUUCGUGCUCGGGGUCGAUUUGGGUAGGACGACGGUCGGGUUGAGUUGGCCUGCCUCGGUUUGUGCGGAGGGGUUGGUCUGGUUGGCCAAGGUGUUGUGGGAAGGGCAAGGGGAAGAGGUCGUUUUGGAAGAGGGUUGGGCGAUCGGUCAGGUCGAGGAUCAUACUGGUACGUUUUGAUCAAAUUCUCUCCUCUCGUCCAUUGGUCGGGUCAAAGAGUCGAAACUAAACCCCCCCCCCCCCCUCUCGUGUCAUUUAUAGAAAUCGCGCAAGCGCUCAUCCUCAUCUUCUUAUACCUACUCCCUUCCCCCAACCUCAUCGCCACACUCCAAUCAACCACGGGAAUACGAACCUCCGCCAACUCGCCCUCUUUCUCACCCUCUUCCUUCCCCUCCCCGAUCGAGAAUACGCGUAUCGGUUUAGUAGGUUCGGCGGGGAUGGGGAUGGGAUGGGGAUGGGAUGGGUGGUUUGAGUGAGAAGGAUAAAGCUUUACGAUUGAUGGGAUUACCGAUGACGUUGGCUUUGGGGUUGAGUGCGCGGAAUGAACGAGUAGCAGUAGCAGCUGGAGGAGGAGGAGGAGGAAGAAGUGCGUUGUUUGAGAAGAGGGUUAAGACGAUGAAUGCGUUCGAGGUCGUUCCUUUGACGGAGGAACAGUGGCAGAAAGUACAGAUUAGGUUGAGGGGUCGGUUCGUUGAGGCGCAGAGGAGUAGGGUUCAGAGUCGUGCGAGGGGGAGGGAGUGGAGAGGUGUUAAGGAAGGGGAGAGGGAAGUGGAAGAGUACAAGCUCGAGAGGGGGAGGAAGGAUCUUGAAAGGGAGGAGAGGGAGAGGGGAAGGAAGGAAGGUUUGGUCAGCGCAGUCGGUGGGGUCAACGUACCUAGUGAGGAAGAGGAGAGGGAGAGGGAAAAGUUAUCGAGGCCCGGUUCGAUCUUGUAUCAGUUUUAG